CUGCAGUUGUGGGGAAAAACGCACGCGAGCUUUGAUUUACAUGUGCUGUUGUUGCUGUGCCAUUUCCUUGCGUUUUGAGAGUGUGGAGUGUACCUUUUGUUCUGGUGCUCUCGUUCAAGUGACAAUGACAGCCUGUCUAUCAAGAUGCAUGGAACCCGCCCCAUUCACCCCUCCUGCUCCCUGGCCGUAGCAAGCAGGGAGCAGUGAAGACGAGGUAGCUAGUUUUGAAGCCGUGGCAUAAAUGAUCUCAUCUCAGCCCGAUCUCCGCUUUCUACAGAGGAUCCUAUGACCAACACCGGAAUAAAGUAAAAAUAAAGCGUCCCUGUUGCUCGAGCUAGACAAAGCAUGCGGUACAGCUACCAGAGACGGAUAUGCUAUUACAAUGGUUGAUCCAUGUAGCAGAGUAGUAACUCCAAUUACUGCCCCACCCACUGCUCUCUCUGAGGAGAUGCACACCCUGACAGAAGUUCCUUUGUUUUAGUCUGAUGGAAAAUGUAGUGUGACGUCACACAGGCUCCUGUCCUGUGUUCUCUCCCUACUCUGCUCUUCCCUGCUUGUUGGUCCGUUGGAGUCAACAGCCGUCCCCUGUUUUUUUGAGGAGCCUUGCUUCAGACUGGCCUAAAAUGGGCAGAAAGGGUGCAGAACAAAAGCUGCUUGUUGCUUGUACAAAAGUACUGAAGCGCUGCAGCCGGGACCAAGCUGCUAUGCUAAUGCCUGUGCCUCUCAACAGGAAAGAGAGCCAAAAUGUUCCCGAAGGGCACGAAGCGCAAGUUUUCCGACUCAAGGGAGGAACCUGUGGCAGGCGGUGAGGAUGUGAAUCAGUCGAGUUCGGCAGCUGUGAGGAUGCUGUCGUCCUACAGCCUGCAGCGGCAGUCCCUGCUGGACAUGUCCCUGAUCAAACUGCAGCUGUGCCACAUGCUGGUGGAGCCUAAUCUGUGCCGUUCGGUGCUGAUUGCCAACACGGUGAGGCAGAUCCAGGAGGAGAUGACCCAGGACGGCACCUGGCAGAUCAUGACCCAGGCCCUGAGUGCUGCCAACGCUGCUGCCCAGUGCUCUGCAGACCGCCUGGUGGCCACCGAGGUGCUGUGUCGGCAGACAGAGGCAGCCCAGGGGGAGCAGGUCCCCAAGCCCUUCCCAGUGGUGGGGUCAGAGGGCUGCCCUGCGGAGGAGGUGGUGGAGGAGGAGGAGGCGGCGGCAGAGGUGGGGAUGACUAUGUCCACUGUCUCCCCCCAAGCCCCAACCUCCUACCUGCCAGGCACCUUUGGCAUGGAGCCCUGCUGGGAAGAGGAGGAGACGGGUGAAGAUGAUGAUGAUGAGGAGGAGGAGGACAGUGAGGAGUGUGGGUCUGGCUCAGAGGGGGAGGAGAGGGAGUGUGACAGCCUGGUGGAGGACACCAGGACAGCAGAGCAGGUCUUUGGCACGUUCGAGAUCAAAAACCCUGCGCCCAGCCCCGACCCUGCUCUGGAGGAACUGUUUUCAGACGUGGAUGCGUCUUACUACGACCUUGAUACAGUGCUGACAGGAAUGCAGAGUGUUCCUAAGAUGGGGCCCUAUGACCUCCUGGAGAGCCUGUCCUCCCAUGGGCCCUCACCCCUCAGUUCCAGCGCCAGCUGCCGAUCAGACCUCAAUGAACUGGACCACAUCAUGGAGAUCAUAGUGGGCUCCUGAGAAACAACACAUUUCUUUGCAUACUUACUUUGCAGACUCUUUACAGACUGUGCACGUUGUGCGUACAUGGAUAUGGUGUUAUUAUACGUUCAGAUGUUGAGGGUUUAUGAAAUCAAGAACUUAUUCAGUGUUACGACAUGCAGCUGUGCAUCUCUAAGUGGGCAGAGAUUACAACCUAUACCAUUACGAUUUUUCUUAUUUUACAAACUUUUCUAUAUUUCUUUUUGUCAUACAAUCUAUUUUUCCAGUUUUGUUUUUAUUUAUUGUUAUAUGUAUGGACUGAAGAACAAUGUCAUUACACUACACACAAAUAGACCCAAACAUCUGAAGCGAUGCAUAUUUUCCUAAAGAGGAAAACAAAUAUUAGUGAAACAUGUACGUAGAGUUGAAGUUGGAAGUUUACAUACACCUUAGCCAGAUACAUUUAAACUCAGUUUUUCACAAUUCCUGACAUUUAAUUCUAGUAAAAAAUUCCCUGUCUUAGGUCAGUUACGAUCACCACUUUAUUUUAAUAAUGUGAAAUGUCAGAAUAUAUAGCUGAGAGCGAUUUAUUUCAUCUUUUAUACCUUUCAUCACAUUCCCAGUGCGUCAGAAGUUUACAUACACUCAAUUAGUAUUUGGUAGCAUUG